AUGCUUCCUGAACAUUUCACUCUUAACACCGGGGCUCGCAUUCCAGCUGUCGGGUUUGGAACUUGGCAGGCAGCUCCGCGUGAGGUCGAGAAGGCGGUAGAGGAGGCACUCAAGCAAGGCUAUCGUCAUAUCGACUGCGCAGGAACGAGGCGGAGGUUGGAGCUGGGAUCAGAAAGUCUGGCGUUGAUCGAAAAGACCUCUUUUUGA